ACAAAACUCGUGUUUGUAGUCAAAAAUCUUUUAAGUUCACCAAACUAUCGAACUUUCAACAAUCGAAAGAGGAGAAAUUAAUUUUAAAAAGUGUGUGUCGAACAACUAACCAAACUGACUCGACCAUCGUCUUAUGAAAAUGUAUCGGUUACUAAUAUUAACAUUGGUGUUCCAAUUCACGAUAUGUCAGCAAUAUCAGCAAAAAGUUGCACCUGGAGUGCCUCCACAAAACUACCAACAACAACAAUAUCAACAACCGCCCCCUCCCCCGCAACAACAAUACCAGCAGCCACCGCAACAACAGCAACAGUAUCAACAACAGCAGCCGCAACAGCAACAACAGCAGUUUCAACAACCGCCUCAACAACAACAGUUCCAACAACAACAACAACAGCCCCCGCAACAACAAUAUCAACAACAGGUGCCCGUGCAACAGAUGCCCGUGCAGCAGACACCUCAAGGACACGGCCAUCACGGCAAUGAUCCCCACAUACUGGAUGCCGCAAAUAUCGCACACGAAAGAGAACACAUCCAAGAGCACAUGGAUGUGCCCAUAGACACAUCCAAGAUGUCGGAUCAGGAGCUUCAAUUCCACUACUUCAAGAUGCAUGACGCCGACAACAACAACAAACUGGAUGGCUGCGAGCUGAUCAAGUCAUUAAUACAUUGGCACGAGCAAGGUCACAACAACAAACAACAGCCGCAACCGGGCACCCCGCCAGCCGAAGAGAAAAUCUUCAAAGAUGACGAAUUAACAAAUUUAAUCGAUCCAAUUUUGAACAUGGAUGAUCAUAAUCGAGACGGCUUCAUCGAUUACCCCGAAUUCAUAAGGGCUCAACAGAAAAAUCAAAAUAAAGAAGGAUAACAGAGUAGAGUUAUUAAAGUAGCAUUUGCUACCGUUUCGGUAGGAUUUUCAUUUAGUGUGGCAACACUGAAAAUAUGUCAAACUCAAAUUAUAUUUAAUUCAAUCAAACUUCUACUUAACGUUUUAGUAUAAAAAACGACUUCGGUUAUAAUUAAAAAAGUGUUGUAUUUUAAUAAAACAUUAUGUACACAACUUUAUUGAUAUAACGUAUGUAAAAAUACGUACUGCAAUCAAAUACUCAAUUAGGUCAUUUAAAAAGUUUAAAGGCAUUUAAAGACAUUUUUUAAAUCGUUUUACACAUUAUUUUAUAUAAAAUAACACUAUAUUAUACAAAGUUGUGUCUAAACCUUCGAUAUGAUUAUAGAUUACAAUCUCUAUUGAGAUUUAUAAAAUAAACUCAACUAUGUGCCAAGAUUUUUCAUACCAUUUUUUAUAAUUAUAAAAAAGUAUAAAAAUAUUAUACCGAGCCAGUAUAAUGAGAAUAAGACAUUUAAAUAUAUUUCGUCGAAUAAGUCGGUCGGUUUUAUUAAAAAGACUAAUAUUUCAUUUAACUGAAACAACUCUUUGAAGGAUACACUGUAGAAUAGAAAAUAAUAUUGUCACCAAACAAGUGUAAAUCUAAAAUAUAUAAAACGGCCGCUUUUUGUCACUAUAACUUGUGGUUUUAAAGAGCCAAGGAAGUAGGCCUAAGCAGGUUGGAGGAGCCGAAAUAACUACCUGCUCACAACAAAUGAUAUUUCUAUAAUUAAUGUUUAUAUUUCGCUGCAUAAAAUGGUGAUUUUAUCCGUAAUUUCAGCACCAUUAUUACUAACAGACAGCUGUCACACAGUCAAUAUUCAUAGCUAUACUUUAAUUUCAGUGUUGCCAUAUAAAGGAAAAAGUUAAUACCAUUCCAUGUUCACAACUUCGCGUGAAGGUUUUUGUUUUAAAACUCAAAAUAGGUUUUUUUUUUUAAUUUGGUGCAGUUGAUGUUAAUCUGUCAUUAUUGUUUUCUUUUCAAGUUGACACGAUUGGCCGUCAGCAUAACAGUUUUGAAUGUCACGAAAAAGUUGGCUGCAAUAAUUUACAGAAUAUCACCAACUCCAUAAAUAUAUGCCAAUAGAUAAAUAAUGUUAACUAUAUAAAACUGAGCAAUUAGUGGGAAUUACGUCAAAGUAUACCGUAUGUGACGUGAGCUGAGCUUGUUCGCGUGGUGUAUUGGCACGUGUGCAAUAAGUAAAUAAGUACAUAGUGAGUUAACCCGGUCGGCCAACACCGCGGCCAGCAUGGGCAGGAGACAAUUUUCCCCCCCGGGAAAAGGACAAAAUGUUAUCUACUCCCACAGCGUCUCUUGGAGCAUUGGCUCUUCUCCGACAGCUUUGAGCAUCAGCUAAAGGUGGAAAUAGCAUCUAAAUAAUAAUAUUAUAUUUGCUUUGGCAGGUGGUAAUGUAAAUUUUAUUCCUUGUCAGGCAAUAUAAUACAAAGACAGUGGAUCUGCGGUAAACCAAUUUGGUUUUGCUUGCGCACCGGUACUGUCAAUGAGUAUACAAAGUAGUUGAGCGCUGUGGUCUUUUGGGAAUAUAUAAUUGCCGAAUUUUAUCUUUUCCGGUGUGGUCUUGCGGGAGGCUACGGCUAGUUAUAGUCCUUUCGACAAAGACGUCCCAUGACAUGACGUGACGUGCCUCAUAGAAACUAAUUGUGGGGGCCAUACCCCAAACAACCCGCUACCAAGACUGCAUCAUCACUUACCACUCGGUGUGAUUGCAUUCGAGGAUUAACUUGUAGAGGAAUAAAAAAAAAUGACUAAUUACGCACACCUGUACACCCCAUACCUUUUUUAUAGUAGGGUUAAAAAAUUGAAACGUUAAAGUUUACAGUUUUUUAUCUUAUCUCGUUGGCUCAGCGUAAAAUAAAGUUUACAUUAAAACAAAAAAGAAAAACUAGAGAUUCUUAAUAAUUUACUUGUUAUAUGUAAGAGUUGUAUAUUUUAUUAAUUGAGUGAUCGAAUUCGUUCUUCCAAUCUCCACUUAUUAUCGAAUACUUUUUUUUAAAUAAUUUAUCUUUGGUGUUGUAUUAUCUGUAUAUUGACAGGUGAAAAAGUUGUGAUUCUUAUUGCGACAAGGAACAAUGUCAGAUGGAAUUAUGCCCGUUUUCACUAAACCUUACGAACUCCUAAAUGUAUAGGGAACACGUAAACAGAGAUUUGACAAUGAAUGUUUACAAAUAGUAAAGUCGUAAGAUUUCCUGUUAAACGUCAAAACAAUAUCCAACACAAAAUAUGUAAACUCCCAGAUUGAGAGCUGCUUUGUGAAAAACGAUUAGUUGGGUAAAUUUAUGCCUAGGAAUUACCUUAGAUAAGGUGCAUUUAGACAUUCCUUCUUUCGUUCGGAAAACGGGCAUUUUUUUUUACUUUAUUAGGCACCAUUGAUAUUUUAUUUAUUUUAAUCUUAAGUUUAGAAAUACAUAGAUGCAGAUGUGGUAGGAUUCUUCUUUUUCCCCUUUUUUUCGAAUAUUAAUUUAAUUCUUGUCUAUGAGGAUUCAAAUACAUAAUUAUUUAUAUAAUAAUAUAUUUUUUACUACUUCUAUCUCAACAUGUUAUCAAUUUGUUUGUUUGUAUAUGAGGUGUUAUGGAAUUAUUUUACUGAUCUUUUUGAUUAGCGUAUUAUGAUAUAAUAGAGGUCAGAGUGUUAUUUAGUAAUGUCACUGGCUAUACACAUAUUCCCCUGUUGCCAUAAUGACUCCAUUUGAAUGCAGACUCGGCUGAUAUUACGGUUGUCUCUGCGUAAAUUGAAUAAAUGUUUUCUACAGUUCUAAUAAGUAAAAAGUUAGACACCUGACAUUGGCUAAUCUGUGUGAAGCAAGAAGAAAAUAACUUUUUUUUUGUUUAAGAGGUAUUUUUUAUUAUUUAUUCUGUAACUACCCCUUUUCGAUUUACCGUGUUCUACACUUAAUAUAAUAUGCUUUUUAAUUUAAAUUUUUCACCCUUCGUUUUAUCCUGGACUUCUACUUAUUAUAACGUAAAAAAGCUCGUUUUAUACGUUUUAUGCUAUACACUGCGAAUAGAUAAUUUUCAAAAAUAUUUAUGUAUAUACUGGUUACAUUGUUAAUGUAUGUUUGUACGUUGUCGAUAUGUUUUAUGUGUUGUGUGCUCGUUUAUGGAAAUAAAAUGUUGUAAAAUGAUGAAUUUGUACUGGUA